AUGGCUGAACCGUCAACCAGCGCGCUGCUGACGGGCAGCCGGCACGUUGAAGGCGUCGCCCUCAUCACCUCCGCUGCACUUCUCUUCGGCAUCCUCGCGGCUGUUGUUAAGUCGGUCGCGCUGCCCACUCUGCUCAAGAUGCAGAUCCGCUCUCUGCUUGAGUGGCUGAUCUGCCUCGCCGCCGCCGCCUUCUGCCGCGAGACGCGCCGAAGAGGCGGAGACACUGGCGCGGCGAUGCGCGUCUACGACAACAGCGGGGCGGAGGCUCGGCCGUCGACCUUUGCCAAGUGUGGCGGCGGCGAGGGCGGCGAGAGGGAGGCCUGGGCGAAGCUGCUAUUUGGGCCGCGGGAGCUGUCUGGUUGGUUGGUGCUGCGCGCUUUUCUCUACUGGGUCUUCCUCUGCUGCUGGUGGCUGGCGCUGGAGGCGAUGCCCCUCGGCGAUGCGACGACGGUCGUCUACAUCGCGCCCGUCUUCACAGCGCUGCAUGCACGCCUACUUCGCGCUGCCGUCGUCGCCGGCUUGCUUCCUGUCUGCACCAACAAGUCUGGCGGGGCGCCGUGGACGGCCGUGAACCACGUGAGCUGUGUCUUCUCGGCUUUUGUCUUCACCCCGCUCGCGCUGGUGGGGUGGGUCGACGCCCGAGGCGCCGCCGGUCAGCUGGCGGACGGCGUGGCUGCGCUGCGCUCGCCGCUGCAGUGGGCUCUCCUCGCCGCCAUCUCCGCGGUGUCGUCCGCAGGACUGGCGCUGCAGACCCUCGGCUACCAGCGCCUCGUCCGCGAGCUCGAGGCCUUCUCACGCGUGAGAGAGCCUCAGCCCAUGCUCCAGCUGGCUCUCAAGAGCGCGCUACUCUUCCACGAGCCUCUCGAGCCGCUCGGCCUCGGCGGCGUCGGCCUCAUCGCGUGCGCGACGGUGCUCAACCUCACCGCGCGCGUGCGGCACUCGCGCGCGGACGCAGAGCGAGCGCAGCGGGAGAACUUGGUCUGUGUGUGA